GGGCGUUGCCUUUGAACAAUGAUUGACAGGUCAUUGGUGAACUCCCUCAGAUCGGCUUCGUUUUUGGCGGACAUGCGAUUUUCUUUUCUUCUUAAGUAUAGUUGGCCUUUUUGUUCACGUUUUUGUUCAGAUAAAGCAAACGAGAGAGGGGUAAAGGUUUCUGCAGCUGCUGUUAUCUGGGUUUAGGUCUGCAGGGGCUUCACCAUGAUGCAGGAGAAGAAUGAUGGGAUAAACAACAACACGAACCUUCUACGUCAACAUAACAAACCUGCAUUGUCAUGGGAAUUGAAGGUCAAGAAAAAAGUGAGAACAAUACCCAGCUUUCUGGGUAACUUCAGGCCAGUUGUGGGGCAGUGCUGUCACCAGUGCAUGCCGGACAGUUUGAGGAAGAAUCUUGGACAGAAGUCUUACCUCGGCUUCGACAACCUGCUGGACGUCAAUGAGAGAAAAACCAGGUAUCGAGGCUGGCUGGUGCGGAGGUUGUGCUGUGCCCUGUAUGUGAGUGGGUUGAAGGUUUUUGGGAGUUCCACUGGCGACAGGCUGCAGAGGAUCUGCCAGAGCAGCAGGGUGAAGGAGGCGGUAAAAGCAGAAGCACCUGAGGGGGAAAUCUGCCAGGAGAGGCCUGGUUGUCUCUCCCCCUUCCUUCCUCUUGUUAACACCUGCAUUUCCUCUGCCCUCCUAAGAUUCGCGGGCUGGGCGAUGCUGAAGAUGUUUGCUUCGGUGUUUGGCAGUAUUCAGGUUAACCUCAACCAUCUGUCAGCUUUGCACAGAGCUUCACGAGAGGGCUCUCCGCUGGUUUAUGUGUAUUUGCGUCAGAGCAUGGUGGACUGUGCUCUCAUCCCUCUCGUGCUCUUCUGUCACAACCUGAGAGUACCAUACACUAUCUGUCCUCUCCACGUUAACAGCCCCUUCCUGAGAUCAGUUCUGAAUAAAUUAGGAGUUGUCCUCCUGCCAUCCUCUGUGUCAACUGAGCUGGAUGCUGAAAUGGAGACAUUAUACUCACCUGUCAUGACUUCUCUGAUAGGUGAGCUGCUCCAUGAGGGUCAGGCGUUAAGUGUUGGCGUGUCUGCCCUGUCUGGCCACGGGGGCCAGUGGCUUCUUCGCAUAAGGCAACUCAUCAAAGAGGGAUCUGUCCCCGAUGUCAGUCUGGUCCCGGUGGGCAUCUCUUAUGACUCUGUGACCAAAACCAACAUGCAGGGAUCCUCACAGGUCUGCUUAAGAUCUGUUCUGCAGUGGCUCUGGGACCUUCUCUGGAAGCAACCUGAAGGAAGUGUGAGGGUUCAUCUGGGUCAACCUUUCUCUCUGAAGGAGAUGUGUGAGCCAGGAAGGUGCAGGAUAGAUAAAUGGCUCCCUCUACAGAACCUGUUGCUGCCUGUCAUCCUGAACAGCAGGGUUGAAGAUGUGUAUGGGACGCGGCAGAUGCCGUGGAUUCUGUCUUCAUUUGAACACACAUCUGAACUAAGUCCUUCUGAAAAAGACUUGUGCGUUGCCAUCAUCCUCCACCUCAUGUUCUCUGCAGCUUCCUGCAAGGCUGUGAUGUCCACCAGUGUAGUGGCCAGUCUUUUGCUUCACAGAUACCGCAAGGGCGUGAGUGCUUCUGCCUUGUGUCGUGAUGUGGCUUGGCUCACUGAGGAACUCUUGUUCCGAAACAGAGAUGUUGGCUAUGGGGGAAGUUUGGUGGAAGUCGUCCACUAUUCUCUCUCACUGUUGUCUCCUCACAUUGUCAUCGCUGCUGUACCAUCCAGAGACGACCCUCUGAUCAUGUCUCAUCCAUCUGCUGCUUCUGUGCUUCAUCUCUCCCUCCUGGCCCAGACAGUGACACAUGCCUUUACACUAGAAUGUGUUGGAGCAUGUGCGGUAUCGGCCAUGCUGCGCGAGGUGGUUUUCAGUGGCGUCAGCAGCAGGGUGAGGACUGAAGGCGUGGAAGGAGAAGAGGUCAAAGAUGACAUGGAGUUUGAUGUGGUGCUCUGCCAGACCGAGCUGACGGAGAGAGCCUUGCAGCUUUGCCAUCUCCUGCCUCCGGGCUCCAUGCCACCCUGCCAGUCGUCUCAAAGUUUCGCUCUGGAUGCCAUCGACAGCCUGGUCCGUUGUGGUGUCUUGAUCACAGAAGAAAAUCCUGAAGCUGCUCCAGUCUGUGAUUUCUGGAAGAAGAAGGGUUCUCUGAAAUGGACCACAACUGAUGACCCUUACCACAGCGACUCCGACUGUGAGGAGCAGGACCUGUGCUCCUACAAGCACCACACAGCCAAUGUCCUUCUAAAUGGAACCAAACCACCAGCUUGACGGCCCCGAAGUGUCUUUCAUGCUCCAAAGUGGCUUUGAAAUGACUCUCACAGGAUUAUGAUGGCAUGAAACAUAACCUGUGAAUACAUUUCCAUAACCAGUCGGCCUCAGUUUGACUUUCUGGUACCUUUUCAUGAUAUACAGAUCAGAACAAAACUAAAAAAUCAAUUAGCCCCUUCAAAGUAUUAAAAAGGCUCUAGAGACUGAUUUCAAAAGAUGGCAGUUUCCCAUUAAAUAUAAAAUUCAAUUUAUUUAGAUUACCAGCUUAGAUCUGAUAUGUCUGCUGUGGCAUAGAAAAGUCUAAUUGGUUGGAAGAAACAGGUGAGCACAAAAUCAAUGGAACAUCAGUUGACAACCAUGUUUAAAAAGUUGCACUCUAUACCAAAACAAACUGUGUGUCUUAGUUUCAACUGUUGAAUAUCUCUGUUUACUCUUAGUAGAGUUUUUUUGUGCCUAUUUAUUGGAGUCAACUGUGAACCCUCAGAUUGUUUUUUAUUUAUUUAAUUUUUGCUUGGGAUGUAUGUAUUUACACUGGAAAAUGUGCUUUACCUACACAAUAUAGCGUUGUGGAAGUACAGAAACUCUAUAGUUUUAAAUCAGAAACACAUGCCUGAAAAUGUGGAUCCACCUCAGUUAAAUUAAAUUAGACUGUUUUAGAACUGUAAGUUGAGAGUGAUGAAACUUCCCAUGCAAAUGAUAAAUGGGGAUUGUCCACUAAAAGCAUAAUACAAGCUCUCAAUAAAUGACUCAUGAUGGUA